UAUCUAUUAUAAAUAUUAAUUAUUUAUAUCGAAAUUAGUUCAAUCUUUUCGAAAAUAGUUACAUGUGUUUCAUGUAAAUUAUAUUUCUAGUAAAUAAUAUCUAAUUUGUGAUAAUUUCCUAGGUCCAAGAUGGUUCAACGUCUAACCUACAGACGACGAUUGUCGUACAACACAAAAUCAAACAAACGCCGAGUUGUACGCACACCAGGUGGAAAAUUAGUAUACCAAUAUUUGAAAAAAUCAAAGAAAAUCCCAAGAUGUGGACAGUGCAAAGAUAAACUCAGAGGUAUCCAACCAGCCCGACCAUUAGAACGAACACGUAUGUGUCGACGAAAGAAGACUGUACGAAGAGCAUAUGGAGGUGUACUUUGCCACAAGUGUGUUAAAGAACGUAUUGUUAGGGCUUUCCUCAUUGAAGAACAAAAGAUUGUAGUAAAAGUUCUUAAAGCCCAAAAAGCAUCCACAAAAGCUAAAAAAGAGACGAAGUAAAUGUAAAGUUUUUUCUAUUAAUAAAUAAUUAUUUAAAAACUUCAA